AUGAGUGCGCUGCAAGCGGCGGUGUGCCCAGACGGUCUGGAGGCCAUCGUCGGCGCCGACGACGCUAAAUGGCUCACAAAUGAAGCCCGCAAAGCGAAGGAGCGCGUGGAGCGCUACGACGGCGCCGACGGCGCCGCGGCGCUCUUUGAUGAGGAGGACGCGAGCGACGGCGGGUGCGAGGGCGGUGACGGCUGGAUGGAAUGGCUCGACCUCUUCUUCGUGGCCUCCGCGGUGCAGUGGCCGCCGGCGCCGUAUUUAAAGUACCAUAGCUCGAUCGGCGCGAUUGGCCACGGCGACGUCGUCUGGGCCGCGGGCGAGGAGCUGGCGCGGCGGAUCCUCGCGCACGAGGCGCCGUUCGAGGCCGUAGGCAUGGGCACGCGCGUGCUCGAGAUGGGCGCGGGCUGCGGCCUGCCGUCGCUCGCGGCGGCGCACGGCGGCGCCGACGUCGUCGCGACGGACGCGCCCGUCGCCGGCGGCAUCGUCGCGCUCGCGGCGACGGCGCGCAGGAUGGGGCCGACCUUCGACGGGCGGCUCCGCGUCCGGCGGCUCGACUGGGGCGACGCCGCGCGGGAGGGUCCGUUCGACGUCGUAUUAAUGGCCGACAUCAUCUACGCGCCGUCCGCGCAUGAGAAGCUACUGGACACGCUCCGGGGCGUCUUCGAGGCCAACCCCAAGGCCGUCGCCGUCGUCGCGUUCUGUUUGCAUGGGAACGCGCCGGACGACAAGGUCAUGGCGUUCUUCGACCGCGCGCGCGAACGCGGCCUGACAGCGACGGAGGUCGACGUCGUCCAGCGCGGCGCCUCCGAGUCGAUGCGAGGCGUCAUCAUGGCUACGGACCCGAAGCGGGCGCGCGUGCAUACGUGGGUGUUGAGGCUAAGUUAA